CGCUUUCGCAGCCUCUCUGCAGAGCACCCCAAAUUAGACCCUUUAGGUGGAUGCGUCGUCAUCCGAAAGGAAGAAGAAAGUCGCCCUGAAGACUCGUCUCCUGAGCAGCCCGGAGGGAUGCUGUGAGAUGGCAGAUGAGGGGAUGACGGGACUUCUCUGUGGAAGGAGGCUGGAAUGGGUGGAAAUCAUCGAGCCUCGAACCCGGGAGCGCAUGUACGCCAACCUCAUCACGGGGGAGUGCGUGUGGGACCCCCCCGCUGGGGUGCGGAUCAAACGCACGAAUGAAAACCAGUGGUGGGAGCUCUUCGACCCCAACACCUCCCGUUUCUACUACUACAAUGCCACCACGCAGAGGACAGUGUGGCAUCGGCCGCAGAACUGCGAUAUCAUCCCUCUGGCCAAGCUGCAGACCCUGAAGCAGAACACUGAGUCGCCGAGGGCUUCCACGGAGAACAGCCCCGGGAGGAGCAGCAAUGUCAGCAGGGAAGGCAGCACCAGCUCCUCCCUGGAGCAGGAGCUGGAGGGCAGCGAGAAGGUGCAGGAGCAGAGGUCGAGCCGUCAGUCAACCCAGUACGCCGUAGUGAAAGAAGAAACAGAAAG